ACUGCCGCUUCCGCGUCGGCGUGCGGUUGGGCGGCGCACAUUCCACACUUGGCCCAAACGUUCUCACCCUUUCAAAAACCCCCGUCUUUACGCCCUUCUUUCCUUCUGAGACACUUGGAAAAAUUGGUGAGAAAGAUUUACAUGGAAAGGAAAUCAACUUUUAUGGUAAUUAAGAGGAAAGAGAUGAAAUAGGGCGUCCAUCCUGUAGCGAAAGUGCGGAUGAGGUUAGGCAGCUGUAUUUCCCCCAUAGCCCUCUUCCUCCCCCGCCCCCCCCGCCCCGCCUUCAUCCGAGCGGAUGAAAACAAACACUAAGGAUGGCGGCGCCGGGAGUCGACCGGCCGCUGGGCUUAAGGCAAGAGUGAUCGCUUGAGCUGUGAGGGCACUCUUGAAGAGCGCGAGUCAACGUGAGUGCGACAACUUGCGCAGUCCUGGGAGUGAAACACCCGGGGCCCAUGAGCCACGAGCCUCCUGAGGCGUGAGGCAUCUAUCUGCGACCCCUGCUGUCACUGCAGCUCCGGAGCGUAGAGUCCUCAGCCAGGAGGCGCAGCUGGCCGGCCCCAGGCCCCGGCCUCCGUAAUGAGAGCCCCGAGCCACUCUCUGUGUCGCAGCUUCGCAGAUUCCUAUAGGCAAUGGAAACUGAUCUCAAUUCCCAGGACAGAAAGGACCUGGACAAGUUUAUUAAAUUUUUUGCCCUCAAGACUGUCCAAGUGAUUGUCCAGGCUCGACUUGGCGAGAAGAUUUGUACUCGUUCAUCUUCAUCCCCAACGGGUUCAGAUUGGUUCAAUUUAGCAAUCAAAGACAUCCCAGAGGUUACACAUGAAGCAAAAAAGGCCCUGGCAGGACAGUUGCCUGCCGUUGGGAGAUCGAUGUGCGUGGAGAUCUCACUCAAGACUUCUGAGGGAGAUUCCAUGGAGCUAGAGAUUUGGUGUCUUGAAAUGAAUGAAAAGUGUGAUAAAGAGAUUAAAGUUUCCUACACGGUGUACAACAGACUGUCGCUGCUGCUGAAGUCCCUCCUUGCCAUAACUAGGGUGACACCAGCUUACAGACUCUCCAGAAAACAGGGGCAUGAAUAUGUCAUAUUGUACAGGAUAUAUUUUGGGGAAGUUCAGCUGAAUGGCUUAGGAGAAGGUUUUCAGACAGUUCGUGUUGGGACAGUAGGCACCCCUGUGGGCACCAUCACUCUUUCUUGUGCUUACAGAAUUAACUUGGCAUUUAUGUCUACCAGGCAAUUUGAGAGGACUCCACCUAUCAUGGGGAUUAUCAUUGAUCACUUUGUGGACCGUCCCUAUCCCAGCUCCUCACCCAUGCACCCCUGUAAUUACAGAACUGCUGGUGAGGACACUGGAGUAACAUAUCCUUCUGUGGAAGAUUCUCAAGAAGUGUGUACCACCUCUUUUUCCACCUCCCCUCCAUCUCAGUGUGUGUUUACUGUCACAAAGGCACAUUUUCAGACCCCUACUCCUGUGGUGACGGAUACUCUGAGGGUCCCCAUGCCAGGACUGGCCUUUUCCCAUCAACUCUCAAGCUCUCGCCUUUCCUAUCAGCCUGCUGCCCUGGGCAUUGGAUCAGCUGACCUGGCUUACCCAGUAGUGUUUGCUGCUGGCCUAAACACCACACACCCUCACCAGCUCAUGGUUCCUGGGAAGGAAGGUGGGGUACCUCCUGCUCCCAACCAGCCUGCCCAUGGUGCCCAGGCUGACCAGGAGAGACUGGCAACCUAUACCCCAUCUGACGGGGCCCACUGUGCUGCCACACCUUCCAGCAGCGAGGAUACUGAAACGGUAUCAAACAGCAGUGAGGGCCGGGCAUCCCCCCACGAUGUCUUGGAGACCAUCUUUGUCCGCAAAGUGGGGGCUUUUGUCAACAAGCCCAUCAACCAGGUGACCCUGACCAGUUUGGACAUACCCUUUGCCAUGUUUGCUCCCAAGAAUUUGGAGCUGGAGGAUGCCGAUCCCAUGGUGAAUCCUCCAGACUCCCCACAGACCGAAUCUCCUCUCCAGGGCAGCCUGCACUCGAAUGGCUCCAGUGGGGGCAGCAGUGGCAAUACCCACGAUGACUUUGUCAUGAUCGACUUCAAACCGGCUUUUUCUAAAGAUGACAUUCUUCCGAUGGACCUGGGGACCUUCUAUCGUGAAUUUCAGAAUCCCCCUCAGCUGAGCAGCCUCUCCAUAGAUAUCGGAGCACAGUCCAUGGCUGAGGACUUGGACUCACUACCAGAGAAGCUGGCUGUGCAUGAGAAGAAUGUCCGAGAAUUUGAUGCCUUUGUAGAAACCCUGCAGUAAAAGUUGGUGUCCACGGGUACCAGCAGCAUCCCCUUUCUGUGGUCCCAGGAGACAGAGCCUCCCACUCAUCAGCUGCUCCCAUCCCUCAUCUUGCUCCAGGUGGAGGAGAGGCUGGUUUCCCCCGUGGGGACCCGGAAGUCCCCGUUCUGACACCUCCUGGAGACUCCAUGGCAGCAGUCAAGCCUGGUGAUAGCAUUUGAGAGACUCACCCCCUGGCCUUGGAGAUUAGAAGACCCUUUAUAACAAAAGGGCCCUCGGCAGGGCCAUCUGCUUCCACCACCCAUCAGCGACUGCUUCACAAUGGCUGUCAUCCCGUUCCUCCUGCCGGCCCCCUGCCUUGGGUCCGCCCUGCAGCUGCCCCUUGCUGACUUGCCGUUACCAUCGAGCACUUGACAUUCCAGCUCCUGGCCCAGAGCCUGGCGUGGAGGCAGAAAGAGGAAGGAGACAGUGCUGGGAGGAAGAAGGAAGGGCUCCUUUAGGCUCUUUUUUGGUCCCCUUUGGUUUGAUGUCUUCUUCCUCUCUCCUUCCCUCUCUGCGCCCCUGUGCCUGUACUUUUGGCAAUAUGACAGGCCUCUUGCCCAAGGUGGCUAGAACUCCAAAGUCAGCCAUUCCCACCCUUGAGGGUUGUGCCAGCCCAUCUCUCAGCGGAGGCUCUGAGCAGCCCUGGUGGCUGUCUGUGCUCAGCUCCUCAGCUCCAUGGAAGCAGAAUCCUGGGUCUCCAGGAUUCUCUCAUUGGGAGUCACAGCAAAGGUUCUUUUUCUCUCCUUCCUCCCCCUGUUGCUGCUCCUUGGUUAUAAAACACGGUAAAUAUUUAUUACUUUUCAGAGAAAUCAGAUAUUUUAUAGAGAAAAUAUGUUUGAGGUUAGAUGUUUUCACUUGGGGAAGAUGGAGGGCCUCUUCCUGGAGUAGGGCCUCCUCCUCAGGAGGUUCCUCAGAUUCUGGGUUGCUGCUCUGAGGAUCUUCCUUCCCAUAUACAUAAGGUGGGAUCCAAGAAUAGGGCUGGCUGAGGGCAACGGAACGUCCCAGAAUUGCUGCACUUGAACUGAUGACAGGCUUUACCUUAGACUCCUACAUAUUCCUGGUGAGAGCCUUGAAUCUCUCUCAGUUUCUGCAGAGCAACUGACUCCAUUCUGGCAGCCCAGGAAGUCUUGGGUGCUAGAUGUGUACAACUAACAAUUCUCCGAGUUGUACAGUGACAUAGAGUGCAAUGUAUGUGCCCCACUGCGGCCCCGGGGAAGGCCAGAGGGGCCCCUCCUUCUGGGGGGACUUGUUUCCGUUUCUCAGGGCUAGGUUAUGGGCCUUUUCCUCUUUCCACCUGGGCCUAGCCACCACCUGUCUUUAAUCCCAGGGUCUGCACCCCGUCCUGAGGUUUACUAGCUGGAUUGGUUCCUUGUUGAGAAACCAAAGCUAGGCGUAUGAUUGACCUAACUAUUUAGAUAUUGUUCCUUGAGUCAGUCAAGCACUUAGCCUCACCCACCUACCAUCUCUCCCUCCCCUAGCCUACCCGGUAGUCCUGGCCAAGGAAACAAGGCCCGCCCCGUUCCUCCUGGCCCACCUGGGCUGUUAUUGGUGGCAGCUGUUCUGCCUUGGAGCAGGUGGUCCUCAAUUGCUUGUUAGUAAAUGCAUGUGACAUCGUUCCCACCGACAAGGCUGAACUCUGAGAGCUGGAGUGCGCUCUGAGGCUGUCUCAGGUAGGCUGAGCCCUGCCCCUGUUGCAUGCAUUCUGCUGCCACAAAGAAAUGUUCCCAGCAGUGGUGUCCAGCUGGCCCUCCUCUCUUUCGGGGCCGCAGUGCGCCCAUGGCCUGCUAAACCAAUCCAGAUCUACCCCGCAGGCCCCAGUGCUGAGAGGGGUGAAGCCCUGGUAAGCUGUUGACCACCCCCGCCCCCACGUCCUGCCACAGCAUCUCAGCCGCUGUCCUGAGGCUGAGCACGGGAAGGCCUGUUAGCCAUUGUCCUCCUUGACUCCUGAUUGUUAGCCUUUGCAGGCAGCAGGCUUUCCUUUAGGACCCCAUCAGUGAGAGGCCAGGGAGGCUGAGCCCUGAGCUGAGAAUGGGAGGAGCAGAGCAACUGUCAAGGCUGGCCCUCGGCCCCGAACACUGACAGAGAUGAGCCCUAGACUGAAUCCUGCAGCAGCCCCCGGGACAGGGAUGGGGCCCGUCACCCGUCUCCAGGUGGCAGAGUCCCUCCGCAUCCUCCAGCCCACCUUGUUUGGAAAUACUGAGCUAUACUUUAAAACGUAUUCGAGAGAUUUCCAAUAAAUUUUUUCUGUACUU